AUGGCAGACAGCCCAACCCCCGAUCCCGGCCUUGAUUGUAAUAUCAAAGUAUACAAGAUUCUGGCGAAUGGGUCAAUGCAGGCAGUCGACAAGGCAGUCUCACUACUCGAGGGCCUUGAGAAUGACGGAAAGCCCGGCGUUGGUCUACUGUGUCUCGUUGAAGGGUUAUCCGAGUCGACCAUAACAGAGCUGCGGAAGCUGCUUCCAAGCCUGCCCGAUGCCUUCAUCAGCGCCCAUUUGUGUGACAACCUUGCGCAAAUCGACAGCGCUUUGGACGACGAUCACUUGUUUCUAGCCAAGUGGUCCCGCGCCGCAGCUCAGCCCAAGGAGGCAUGGCUACAUGAGAAGAAACUGAGGACGUCCAAUAGCCCUUUCAAUGUCGACGACGCCAACCCAGCCGCCUCACGUCUGGAUCACAAACGCUACGAUCAUAUCACGGAGCCUUUCCGGUCAUACAAUCCCAUACGCGAGUUUGACAUCGGCGUCCCAUACCAACCGAACAUCGAGGGGGGACAUUCUCGGACAACGACAUCCGUCCUCGAUGAGUCGUGCAGAGAAAAAGACAUCGAAGGACAACACAACGCCUCGCAAGUUGACGAAAGGUCGACCGUCGCCGAACCGGCAUUGAAAACCAAGAUAUGUGUCCAAGACAUGUUCACGCACGCGGCUCAAGAGUGCAUAUCUUUCUACCAUGAAAGCUUAGGGGAUAUGCUGAUAGGUAUUCUCAUAUUCGAUCAGCCCAGACAAUAUCGCAUCACCGAAGUUCACUACAACCUCAUGACGGGCGGCGAGGUUGAGAGCAAGCCAGGCUCACCCGAGCAUGCAUUCCAGGACGAUAGCAGUUACCCCGAUAGGUUCAUUAGCAACUCGAGACUUGCGAAUAUGGCGCCUCCAGUGGACAAGAUCGUUGAAGCCGUCAUUGACACCAUCGUAGCUAUUGUCCUCGAGGACCAGCGCAAGCUUCUCGCGAGCAUCAGCAAGGCUCUGGACGAGAUUGAGCUCUCCAUGGGAAAGGACGUGAACAGCCCCAAGAACUGGAGAGACUUCCCGCCGGGGUGGAGGAACCAUCUUUUUCACCAGUCAGAAACGAUUGGAUACUUUUUGUCUCGCAGUCCCGAGUCCAACACCGCUUCGCCUCCAACGUCGCACACGCCCAGGCGGGACCGAGCGCUGAAACAGGCCGAGAAGCAGCUCGAGGCCACGAUGGCGCGGCUUGAAGGCACAUACCAAGUACUCAUGUCAUCCAUGAGCAUCCUCGAAAGCGAGAAGGCGAUCGAGCAGGCCGAGGUGGUGACGAGGCUCACGAACCUGGCAUUCUUCUUCAUCCCUCUGACCUUUGUGUCUGGGCUCUUCGGCAUGAACCUAAACGAGUUCGACAAGCAGUUGACUGUGGCCAUGUGGGUGGGCAUCUCGCUCGGGGUCACCGCCGCCGCCUACUUCAUCCGUUUCCGUCGCCCGCUAGCUAUCGCCGCCUACCAAACACCCCAGACCAUCCGGAGCAUGCGCUGGGAUAUGCUUGUCGCACGCAUGAGGCGCUGGACGCAGGUCAUACGCUCCCUUUCGCGUGACCUCGCUUCGGUUGUUUUCUUUGCUGUCGUGGGCGUAGCCGUUUGGCUUGCUGCGACACUACCGGCCACCGACGAGGCCAAAAUCGGCAUUACCGCCAGCCUGCAGCUGCUAACACAACUCCUGUGGACAAAAGGACUCACUUUCGAGAACUUUCGUCUGCAGCGCCUGCAACGAGUCGUCAAGGCGGCUCUUUUCGCUGGCAUCGGUGUGGCCAUAUGGGCUAUCUCGACGAGUGCACUCCCAGUUGAUGCCAGAAUCGGACUCGCGCUGGUUGUUGUUCGCCUCCGAGUCCUCGGCACUAGCACGUGGUUUAACAGUAUCCAGUCCAGCCAGAACGACUCGUCUACCUGGAUUGAUUUCCACGACAAUUGCCGCAUCCGCCUCCCGGUUCACCCUCUCUGGUUCGACGCGGCCAGGGCCAUCCUCUGCUCCGCCCUGGGCGUCGCGCUCUGGAAACUGUUCACCAGUCCCCUCUCGGACGCCGCUAAAGUCGGCGUGGCCGUUGGCGUAAUGCCUGUUCCCAUCGCAGUGCUAGGUCUACCGUUUGUCGUAUCUGAAUCUGUACGAAGGUCGGACUGGAGAAACCUGCUCAUGGCCAUGGCAGUCAUCACGAUCCGCGGGGUGGUAGCUUACCUCCCAAUCCAAGCUGUCGUAAUCUGGAAGAUCAGUACCGCCACCACGCUAUCAGUCAGCACAAAGUUAGGCGUCGGAGUCACGUUCAAUUUUGGCUUUUACGUUCUCAUAUUUUUGCUUGGGGCCGCCGGCCGCGAAUCCGAAUCGGCUAGCUGAAGAUCGGGACUCAGACGUAAUUACACCCGCUUCCCUCGAGUUUGCAUUUCAUCUUCAGC